UAAACUAAUAAAAAUAAAAAUUACUUCAGAUUGCUACGAGGAUUGUAAUAAUUAUGAUUUAACUACAGAAACUGAAGAAGAUAAUCAGCAAGUUUCAAAAAAGCGCAAACGUGCUGCUUGUACAACUUUUUUUGAAGGCGAGGAAGAAGUUGAUGUUGAUAUUAAUACAGAAAUAAAACUAUCUACAUUUCCACAGCCACCUGCUAUAUUAGGCAAAAUGUUACCAUCAAAUAUUUCACUAUAUAAAAAGGUUGUGGAUGUGGUACCACAAGGAUUUAAAAGUGAUCAUGCAACUAAACUAUCACCAAUUCCACAGUCACCUGGUCUUUCAAGCUGUUAUUCUAAGAUACCUUCAUUCAAAUCAAGCAUGGUGACUAUACUAAAAGAAAAUAAAAUGGAUCAAUCAACUAACCAAUCAGCACUUUCUCCUUUUCUGUUACCCCGAAAAUUUGAUUCUAAAAUACCAAUAUUCAGACAGAGAGCUGCCACAUCAAAAGACAAUGUAAUAGAUCGAUCAAUGAAACUAUCAGCAUUAAAUAGAAAGUUUCAAGCAAACAUGAUACUGAGUGAGCCAACUGCUCCUCAAGAAAAUGAAAUCGAUAAUGGGAAGUUUCAGAGAAAAGUUCUUUAUCAGUUAUCAAAUAUGGCUAACGAAAUUAAAGAUUUACGAAUAGCAGUGGAAAUGAUGGCCGUACCAAGUUUAGAGACUGUUGCUGAGGUCCAUCUAGAAGUUAUAGCUAGAGCUAUUGGGACCUUGAAUGGAUACAGAAAAUUAGAGGAGCAAUGUGGAGUUCUUGCUAAUCGAACAAUUUUACUUCGCCUUCUUUCACGAAUCGGAGGGUCAUCCAUUAAAGAUACUUCUAAGAAUCUAUUGAAAAGACUUUUUACAAAUUUUGUUAUGUCUCAUUUGAGUAUGGAUGGUAAAGGUUCUCUUAAAAAGCUUCCGUUUAGAGACUUUACAAAUUUUGUUAUGUCUCAUUUGAGUAUGGAUGGUAAAGGUUCUCUUAAAAAGCUUCCGUUUAGAGACUCUGCUCUGUGUCAACUUGUUGUUGAGUGUGUAUUGAAACGAUAUUCUACGUCUUCUUUGUCCGAAAUACAUUCGUGCAUUGGUUCUCAUCUUAGAAUGGCUCCGUUUCGUUUAGGUGGCACUGGGAAAGGUGGCGCCCAUUUUUCCAAUUCUCAAGAUGGAGAGGCUGGCUUGAACGAUUCAAGCAAAGAUGAUGCUUAUUGUCAUGGAAGCGAUCAUGAUAAUGAUAAAUACGAUAAUUCAUAUUAUAAUAAUUAAAAUUAGUGUAAAUAUGUUUAAGACUUGCAUUUAUGAAAAAAAAUAUCUGUAUGUUUGA